AUGGGUGGCUUCGGGACCUCGCGCCCUGCCUCCUCCGUCGCCCUCUGCGCCUUCCUCACCUUCCUCAACCUCUUCGCCUUCCUUCUCGCCGUCGGCGCUGAGCGCCGCCGCAGCACCGGGAAGGUGGUGCCGGACGAGUACGACGAGCGGUCCUACUGCCUCUACGACACCGACGCCUCCACGGUCUACGGCGUCUCCGCUUUCUUCGUGCUCCUGCUCCAGCAGGCCGUUGUCACCGCCGCCACGCGGUGCCUCUGCUUCGGCCCCGUGCUCUCCUCCCGCGGCUGCGCCGUCACCGCAUUCGUCCUCUCCUGGAUAACAUUUCUCAUCGCAGAAGCUUGCCUCAUAGGAGGAUCGGUGAGGAAUGCAAAGCACACCAAGUAUUUAGGUUACUAUAUGAAGCAUGACUUGGUGACCUGCGCCACCCUUCGCAAGGGAGUCUUUGCAGCCGCCGCUGCAAUGAUGAUCAUCAACCUCUUGGCGUCCCUUGUGUACUACUGA